AUAAUAUGGAUUGGAUCUUAGCCGGAUGUACUUUUGUGUGGAUCUUCAUAUCUUAGUCAUUCAUCGUGUACCAUACGAUAGGAAAUCAUUUGAUUUUUUUAUUUAAAAUUAAACACAAAUAAUAUCUGACGAAAAUUAAUUGCACAAAAUAUGAUGAACAGUUAAAAUGUAGAGAUGGAUAAAAUCCUAGAUCCGGAGAGAAUCCUCGUAAAGUAGAUUCGAAGAGGAUGCUCUGUAAAAUAGCAUUGGAUAGGUAUCAUAAGAUAUUAAAUGGCCGUUUAGGAUGGAGGUGGCAAUCCCGCAAGCGUCUACAAUCUGGCGUUUCCGCAGGACGAGCGUACGCGUCACGCGUGUAAUACGAUUGAAAAGAUAGAUAAGGGCCUAAUAAAUCGAAGUUGGAGAAGCAACAGCACCAAGCCCAUAAAUGUAAAAAGCCCAACAACCCACACCUCCGCUUCGGGCUCGGAUUCUCCUAUUUUUGCCGGCCGUUUUGUGAUUUUCAGUUUCACGUGAGGAGAAUAAAAGAAAAGGAAAAUAAAGAAGAAAAAAGAGUUGGCGAUUGAAUUUAAAUUGGUUUGGAUUUUGAUUGGUUCCUUCUCUCUUUCUUCUUCGCUUUCUCGCGGGGCGAUUGCAGUAUCGUUUCUCAAUUCUCAGACAACCUCUUCGGUUUUAGGAUUCAGAAAAGAAUUGGUGGAGGUUUGAAUGGCGCGUAGCGGCGGCGGCGGAGUCGGGGUGGUGGAGUCGGCGGUGAUAGCUUACAACCUGAGAGACGCAUCGAGUUGGUGGCACGACAUCAAUGCCUCCCCUAUUUGGCAAGACCGCAUAUUUCAUGCCCUUGCUAUUCUCUACGGUCUCGUCGCUAUCGUUGCCCUGGUUCAAUUGAUUCGGAUACAAUUGAGAGUGCCGGAGUACGGUUGGACCACGCAGAAAGUAUUCCACUUUCUUAAUUUUGUUGUCAAUGGAGUUCGAUCAGCAGUGUUUGUGUUCCGCCGGCAAGUGCAGAAGCUGCAUCCAAAGAUUGUCCAACAUAUCUUGCUCGAUAUGCCGAGUCUUGCCUUCUUCACUACCUAUGCGCUCUUGGUUCUUUUCUGGGCUGAAAUUUACUAUCAGGCACGCGCUGUUUCUACAGAUGGACUGAGGCCAAGCUUCUUGACUGUCAAUGCUGUGGUUUAUGUGAUUCAGAUUGCUAUGUGGUUGAUAUUAUGGUGGAAGCCUAUCCCAGUUCUGCUCACCUUAUCUAAGAUGUUCUUUGCAGGUGUGUCCUUAUUCGCAGCCCUUGGGUUUCUUCUAUAUGGUGGAAGACUUUUCUUGAUGUUGCAGAGAUUUCCUGUAGAAUCAAAAGGACGACGGAAGAAGCUGCAGGAGGUUGGCUAUGUGACAACCAUAUGUUUUGCAUGUUUCCUUGUCAGAUGUAUAAUGAUGUGCUUCAACGCAUUCGAUCAAGCUGCUGACCUUGAUGUUUUGAAUCACCCGGUUCUAAACUUUAUAUAUUACCUGUUGGUGGAGAUAUUGCCCUCUUCUUUGGUCCUUUUCAUUUUGAGGAAGUUGCCUCCAAAGCGUGGGAUCACACAAUAUCACCCGAUUCGCUGAGAUGAUGGAGAAACAUCCGAUGAUAGAAAACGAAGAACAGACUUACAGUACACAACUUUGAAAUGCUUA